GCCCAAAUAUUUGGUUUCGCGGAGACAGGGGUAAAACCGUACUUACCGGCCUCACAAAACAAGCACAAACUACCCGAUAUAUAAAUGUGGCUAGCAGGGAAUUGCUAUCAUUUUCGUACACGCCAUUGCCCCCACCACAGUCCGUGUUCUGCUCCCGGCGCAAACCCACCGAGAGGUUACCUCACACACAGCCCACCUGACGCUUCCACAAACUUCGCUCCACCUGCACAGUCUGGAAAUACAAGCCUACUACAAGCCGAUACAACCGUACCAGGAACGUCUUACUUCACUGUGACUAUGGAGUCUACCGGAUUCACGUUCAACUCUGCCGCCCUGUGCUCAGCGCACCAGUGCAACUGCCACAAGCAGAGGACAAAGGUUUCGGGAAUGCCCGUCCAGGCCCCAGUCUGGCGCCCGUGGAUCGUCACAGAACGCGACAUCUUGAGACGCAACGCCAUCAGGGAGAGACGGAACAAGCCAUAUGCCCGUCCUUCCUCCACCAACAACGGCUCUGAUACGCGUGGUCCCGAACCUGGCCCCACAGCCUUCCAGCACCCUGUCAAGCUGCACUGGUCCAAGCCCGUGUACGACUACAUGUACCAGUACGGCAAGCAGCUCCUGGACGCCUUCCCCGUCCAGGCCACCAUCUGCAUCGUCGACCAGGACCCCGCCGAGAGCGACGACAGCGACUUCGAGUCCGACUACGAGGACGACUCCGACGCUGACGAGAAGCCCCUCAAGGGAAAGGCGCCAACCCUCAACUAGAGUCAUCCAGAAACACGGACACUUCUGUACGACUACACCAAUCUGUUAGGCAUUUGUGUUUGUCGCCAAUUUUUGUCAAAUACCUGUGAACAGACUAUACCAGUCGUGAAGUCUCACACCAUCCGCUAUGUCGUAACGUCUUGCCAAAUUUUAUGACUGUAAAUAUUGUAAAUAUUUGUACAAUAACAGAUUAUGAAAAGAGUUUUAUUUUUAUACUUGAGAUAUAUUCGCUAUUUUAAAUGCUAUUGUUAUGUUAUUGCGUUGUUUUCACUUUUGUUUCUGCACAAGUUCAUUUCUGUUUUAUCAUUCCUCAAAUCAUUAUCAACAAAUAAUAUAUGAUACUCUUAAUAUUAUUCCUACUACGUUUAUUCAUACAUGACAAUCUGAAAAUAAAUCUAUAUGAAUGGAAUC